GAGAGGGGGAAGCAGGGGCAGUUGUGGGGGGCAGAUCAUGAGUGACAGGAGGAGAUCGGCAGCGACCCUCAGCUCCCGGGCUCACGCCUUCUCCGUGGAGGCUUUAAUCGGGACAAACAAGAAGAGGAAGCUGCGGGACUGGGGCAGCAAGGGGCUGGAUCUGUCCAUGGAGAGCCUGAGCCCCCCCGGGGACCUCGGGGAAGGAGAGGACCUCAACCCCGAUUCCGAGCACAGCACCGGCUCUGAUACGGAGGUCUUGGCCGAGCGGACGUCCUGCUCCUACGAGUCAUGCGCAGACCUGGCCUCUUCCCGAGUCCCAGACGCCCCGUCGCUGUCCGCGUCCUCGAUGGAGGAGAUCCAAGUGGAGCUCCAGUGCGCAGACCUAUGGAAGAGGUUCCACGACAUCGGCACGGAGAUGAUCAUCACCAAGGCAGGCAGGAGGAUGUUCCCCGCCAUGAGGGUGAAAAUCUCCGGCCUGGACCCUCACCAGCAAUAUUACAUCGCUAUGGAUAUCGUGCCCGUUGACAACAAGCGAUACAGGUACGUGUAUCACAGCUCCAAGUGGAUGGUAGCCGGGAAUGCCGACUCCCCGGUGCCCCCGCGGGCAUACAUCCACCCCGACUCUCUGGCCUCAGGUGACACGUGGAUGAGGCAGGUGGUCAGUUUCGACAAACUCAAGCUCACCAACAAUGAACUGGAUGAUCAGGGCCAUAUAAUCCUGCACUCCAUGCACAAGUACCAGCCGCGGGUCCAUGUCAUACGCAAGGAUUUCAGCAGCGACCUCUCCCCCACCAAGCCCGUCCCGGCAGGAGACGGAGUGAAAACCUUCAGCUUCCCCGAGACCGUCUUCACCACCGUGACAGCCUAUCAGAACCAGCAGAUUACGCGGCUGAAGAUUGACAGGAACCCGUUUGCCAAAGGAUUUCGGGACUCUGGAAGGAACCGGACCGGCCUGGAAGCCAUCAUGGAGACGUACGCCUUCUGGAGGCCGCCGGUCCGCACUCUCACCUUUGAAGAUUUUACGACUAUGCAGAAACAGCAAGGUGGCAGCACGGGGACAUCUCCCACCACGUCCAGCACAGGGACGCCAUCGCCCUCGGCUUCCUCUCACCUGCUGUCCCCAUCGUGCUCCCCGCCAACCUUCCACCUGACGCCCAACUCCUUCAACGUCGGCUGUCGGGAGAACCAGCUGUGCAACCUGAAUCUUUCCGAGUACCCGGCCUGUGCCAGGAGCAACAUGGCCGCCCUCCAGAGCUACCCGGGCCUGAGUGACAACGGAUAUAACCGGCUGCAGAGCGGAAACUCCUCCGGUACCCAAGCCUCCGACACCUUUAUGCCCCAGAGGACUUCAUCCUUGAUCUCCGGCAUGGCCACCCCAUCCUCGCUGCCCAGCAACAGCAAGAUGGACGCCUACGGAGGCCAACUGGGUUCAUAUCCAUCCUCUCAGUUCCAGUACGUGAUGCAGGCAGGAAACCCUUCCUCCGGCUCCUCUUCGUCACACAUGUUCGGGGCCGGCAGCCACAUGCAGCAGAGCUCGUACAACGCGUUCUCCAUCCACAACCCUUACAACCUCUACGGAUACAACUUCCCGGCCUCCCCGCGCCUGGCAGCGAGCCCCGAGAAACUGACUGCGUCCCAAGGCACUUUACUUUGCUCUUCCCCGUCCAACGUCGCUUUUGGCGAGAGGCAGUACCUCUCUACGGGCAUGGAGGCAAUGCACAUGAUUGGCAACCCCUCGGCCAAUCAACAGGCAGCAAACACCUGUGACAGCAGACAGUAUGGAUCUGUCCCCGGAUCUUCUUCACAGAUGUCGGUGCACAUGGUGUAAGCGGGAGGAGAUCCCCGCUGGAUGGACCCAACCGAGAGUGCCUUAAAAAAACGACAUUAACAGCAUGGAUACCCCUCCCCCGCCCGGGGCCGGGGGCACAGACUAGCUCUUACCUCCUUGGAUUACAAAGAGAUGAGAAUCUAGCACUCCGCGUCUGAACUCGGCUUACCGCGGUCUAUCCUCGCCUUACCGC